CCACCCAUCUCACACAGUAUAAACCCACUACUAUUCUUGAGCUUUUGUUAGAGCUUUUCAGCUACAAAAACAAAUGGCUCCAAGAAUCUCUCUGGCACUCUUCCUUGCUCUUCACCUCAUCUCCUUCACUUACACUUCUGCUACAUGCUCCAAGUGCAUCCCCACGCCAACGAUCCCAAGCACAGGCUCUUGUCCUAGAGAUGCCCUAAAAAUUGGUCUUUGCGCUAGUGCGCUCAAGCUAGUUGACCUAACAGUGGGAAACCCACCCGUAAAGCCAUGUUGCCCUCUCAUUGAAGGCUUGGUUGACCUUGAGGCUGCGGUUUGUCUCUGUACGUUGGUCAAGGCUAACAUUCUUGGCAUCAACCUUAGCCUCCCCAUCGAUAUCAGCGUACUCCUCAAUGUUUGUGGUAAAAAUGCUCCAAAGGAUUUCCAGUGCGCAUAAGUUCAUUACUUAUGACAUAUCUAAAGACGUCCUAAAAUAAUGAAAGAAAAAGAUUAUACGGUUUACGACUGCUUGAACUUUAUUACCGUAUCUUAUUGUGUAUGUUUUUCCUUGGUUAUUGUAUUAUGUUUGUAUUUUUCUUGAAUUGUUUAAAUAUGAUGAACGAAACUGUUCUCAUGCAAUAAUGGAUUUAUGGGUUUGUGUGUGUAAUCGCAAGGUUGUACUCCUUCGGUUUCAUUGUUACUCCCUCUCCUUUGUAUUUGUUUUUUUUUAAUUUGAUUAAUAAAAGUAUCAAUCGAUGUUGUCGUCUAUAUCGGC